AUAUACAUAAGUAUUUAAUCUCGCCAAAACGCUGUCACCUACUCUAAAAACGUAAAUUUAUAGAACAUAUUCAAUGCACCGUUAUAUCCAGUUCUAAAAAAAAACGUAUCUAUAAUGCAUAAUUACCCCUUAAUGAAUGUCGCUAAAGCAACUGUGAAACAUCAAAUGAAAAAUUUAUGAAAAUGAAAAGCAAAAACCAAAAACCAAAUCGUUUCUACCAAAACACCAUCAACAUCUGGCGUUUUUCAUGCAACUUUUCGCAUAUGUGUACAUACAUACAUACAAACAUAUCUAAAUGCACAAGUGUUUAUACAAAUGCGUGAACGCGUUGCGUAUAGGCAAAUGUAAACAUAUGUACAUACAUACAUACGUAGAUAUGUAAAAGUGCAACUUUCUUGAGAAGUGAAUGUAAACAAAAGAUUGCAACACUUACAGUGGGUGGUAAGACGCCUCUCUGCUCUUAACUAAACACCGCCUGAGGGAAGGCAAAUUUCGCUGUUGAAGGAAAAGUGGAGAAAAGCAAAACUAAAAAAUAUCAAAAAAACAAAAAUACAGUGGAAAUAUUUAUGGAAAUUUAGUAGUUGCUGAUCAGAAAUUUAUUAGAUAAUAAUGUCGAAGUGACUCAAAAAGCGAGAAAUUCCAACAAAUUCGUAAAUUUUAACCACGCCUCGUGACACGCUCGCACUCUCGCUACCGAAGCAAAGUAGUUUUCACAACAAAAUGUACAUGCACACAUUUUAAGUUCGUUUAAACUCACGAAUCGUGCAAUUACGAAAUAAAGAUUGAAAGAAAACACAUGAGUAAACAAAAUCCAGUUUGCAUUUUUAAGAAAUAAAAAAAAAAUGAUAUUCAAAUAGACCGAUUUGAGCUAAAUGGCAUAAAAAUAUGAAUCACGUAACGAAUAAAGAAAAGUUUUGCAAGUCUACAAGCAAAUGUAAAUGAGUAGAUCACGAAACACUCACGAAUUAAAGCAAGUCUACUGAGCCUACAAGGAGAAACAAGUGAAUAACGGUUAGGAAUCAAUAAAAAACGUGAUUUUUUAAACCCAAAUCUGUAAUCACGCACGCGUGUCAAUAGGACUUGGAUUAAUUAAAAAGCUGAAAUGUAAAAAGCUAAAAUUGUCGUUAUAUAACCAAAUCACGAAAAAAUCACGAAUAUAUGAAAACAACAACAUAUUAAUAAAAACAUGUGCACACAAUCACUCACGUGAGUACUUUAAUAUUUAUACGCAGUAGUCGCGAAUCUCCAAAUACGCAAAAAAGCAGUAAACAUAAGUAAAAUAAAUGUAACCAUUACUUAAAGCUUUAAGCUUUUGAAAAAAAAAUUAAAGAAGCACUCAUGAAAGUGCAAAACACAUACGGGAGAUUUGCAAUUCCAUUGACAAUUGGAAAAUUUUUAAACUCACGAAAUACUCACGCAUCGAUUUAAAAUAUAAAUAUUUCAUUUUUGAUAACGAAAUCUAAAAAGUGGAUACCAAACACUUGUGUUUACACUACAUAGAAGAAAACCACACUCACGAAAAAAUCACGAUUUUCAAAAAGCGUCAGCAUAAGCAUAAAACUUGUUCGAAAUCAAACAUAAACGCAAGCAAAGUUAGCAAGUAAUACCAACUGGAAAUAUUCAAAGCUCACGAAAGACUCAUGCACAGAUUUGGGAUGAAAAACUUUCAAUUUUGAUAAAGAAGUGUAAAGAGUGAAUAAAAAACACUCACAAGACUCAUGAAAAGUUCACGAUUAACAAAAAGCUUCAAAGAGAUCAUUCGAAAACAGGCUUGAAAGAAAAGAUCGCUUAUAUAUAAUGUUAAAGGCGGCUGAAAAUUUUAAAAAUUUGAGCAACGUCUAGAAUCACGAUAUUAGACUGAAAAAAGGUGUUUAGAGAAGACUGAAAAGAAGAGUAAAAAAAACGCACAUAACCGCUCAAUGAUUUGUGAAAAUAGGCAUACCAGUUAGAAACUUGUGGCUUUCAGGUCAAGCUUACUCACGAAAGCUCACGAGCUUCAAUAAACCAACAAACGCUAAGGCGGUGAAACUUUACGCAUAGCUAACUAUGCAAUCGGUUAAAAGCGUCACAAAAUACCUGCAACUAAGACUCACGAAAAUGUCACGUACGGGAAAAAUAUGAAAAAUAGUACAUAAUUGCUUUCGAAGUGCGUAAACGCAUGGCUUUUACGUCCACAAAAUUUAUCACGCCCCAGAACUCGUGUAUACGAGGACUCCUGAUGUCGUGAUUUUUAAGAAAGGAAUAAUUGUAUGAAAUUCUGUAUACGUACAAUACACCGAAACGCACAAACGAUACGGGAAUUGCUAUACAAAGUUCAAAAAAAAACCAAACAAACAAAAAGUCAUAUACAACAACAAUGCAGCAAGCAAAAUAUUUGCCGCGAAUCAAAGCAAUAGCACUACAUCUAAAUCUAAAAUAUAAAAAAAAAUUAUCCCAUAAGACUCAUCAGUAGUUUAUCGAAGGAAUCGUCAAUUCGUCGACACCCUUCAAUCAUCAACCAAGUAACCAACCAACCAACCAACGCAUUUAAAUGUUGCCCAUCGACUCAGCGCUUGCUGCCAGCUCUGCCAAAGCAUCGCACAGCUCUCCACCUUACACGCUGCGUUGCCGGCCAGCGCGCGGUACGGUCGCCGAACAACGCGCCACCAGCAACUUUGUGCUCAUCACGCAGCAUCAGCAGCCACAACAACAGCAGCAGCAGGAUAAUAAGGCUGGUGGCAUGCGCGCAAUGGAUGAGGGCACCAAAGUCAGCACAACUUCUGUUAAUAUACACAGCUGCAAUAGCAACAACAGUAGCCACAGCACGACGGUGAGCGCCAGCAGCAAUGACAAUCCGGGCGGGGGAAAUGGUGGCGGCGGCCUUGCUGCAACGAGCUUUCGCAACAAAAUGCCAUCCAUCUCGAUUAUACCAUUGCCAGUUAGCAGCGCCGCUAGCUGCAGCGGCAGCAGCACAACCACCAGUGUGGUGCGCACUGUGACCACUUCGAAUAAGGCCACUUCGCCACCACCGCUCUUCAACUCACCGCCAAGAAGCAAUAACAACGGCUUUGCCAAUAAUAACAACGCUGCUAACGUGCAACCCCAACGCCCAAUAUUGCAACACCAAUACCAGCAGACAGACAAGUGCACCAUAUUAAAAUUUGAUGUGCUACGCAAGCCAUCUGCAGCAGCUGAGCUCCUGCCGCGCAAUAUCAUCACCACAGCGUCAAAAACGCAAGCGACUACAGCAAGCGCCCCGGCGACUGUCACGAGCGCUGUGACGUUUACCACAACUGCCGAUCGUCGCCAGCAGCACUUGCAGGCAUUGCAGCAAUCCAUCUUCGAACAGGAGAUGUCCGAUGAUGCCGAAGCGGAUGCGGAAAUAGCUGCGCUACAUCAGCAGGUGGUCGGCGGCGGGGGCAGCAGCAGCAUUGGUGCGGGCAGCCAACCGAUUAUCGUCAAGAUCGAGCCAGCGCAAUCCUUUCACAUCGUUGAUGAAUCGGAUACGCGCGUGCUGAGCUUACCGCUCUCGGAUGCUGAUAAAGUGGGCGCCAGUUGGAUUGAUCUCAAAGAUAUUGCCGGACUGCAGACCACCUCUGCCACGCUGGUGGAUGUGUGCUUCGAAUCGCCACCAGGUUUGUUGCCUGUUAGCAGCAAUUCGUCUACUUCAACGAGCGGCGAGCAAGUGCUGCAUACAUCGGUGGAUUCGGGUAGUAUUGGCCAUGCGCCGCCGGCUAAGAAGCGCCAGCUGGUUGUGAAACAGGUGCAAGUAGAGCAGGCGACUGCGACGGCAAGUGCGAUUGAGACUGUAAUGACGCCUGCGACAGCUGUGACUGCAACGGCAACAGCUACGGUGUCCACAGCGUCUGCAGCGGCUACCGUGACGCGACUCAGUUUGUCUGAGCGUAGUGUACAACAACAGCAACAGCAACAGUCACAGCAAUUGCAGCAGCAGCAACAACAACAAGGUCAAAACAAGGGUACCACCACCACCAACACAACAACGGCAACGAGUGCGGGACUAACGCCUUCCUCAUCGACGGGACUGAACGCCGGCGGAGCUAUGACAGCUCAAAUUGAAAUAAUUCCAUGCAAAGUCUGUGGUGACAAGUCAUCUGGCGUACACUAUGGCGUUAUAACAUGUGAAGGCUGUAAAGGUUUUUUUCGCCGGUCACAAAGUUCAGUGGUGAAUUAUCAGUGCCCUCGCAAUAAACAAUGUGUUGUCGACCGUGUUAAUCGUAAUCGGUGUCAAUACUGUAGACUGCAAAAGUGCCUAAAAUUGGGAAUGAGUCGUGAUGCUGUAAAAUUCGGUAGAAUGUCGAAGAAACAGCGUGAAAAAGUGGAAGAGGAGGUGAACUUUCAUAAGGCGCAGUUGCAGGCAAAUAGGGAUGCGGCGCCGGAUAGUUCAGUGUUUGAUACGCAAACGCCAUCGAGUAGUGAUCAACUGCAUCAUAAUUAUAAUGGCUAUGGCUACUCAAGCAAUGAAGUGAGCUAUGGCAGUCCCUACGGCUAUUCGACAUCGGUGACACCGCAACAGACGAUGGCCUACGAUAUAUCAGCGGAUUACGUCGACAGCACCACGUACGAGCCGCGUGGCACGAUAAUGGAUCCGGACUACGUCAGUCAUGCUGAUGGCGACAUCAACGAUGUUCUUAUCAAAACCUUAGCCGAGGCACACGCAAACACAAGCACCAAACUCGAAGCCGUGCACGAUAUGUUUCGGAAGUCUCAGGAUAUUUCGAGGAUACUUUACUACAAGAAUCUGGGCCAAGAGGAACUGUGGUUGGACUGCGCUGAAAAGCUAACACAAAUGAUACAAAACAUAAUCGAAUUUGCGAAGCUGAUACCCGGAUUUAUGCGUUUAAGUCAGGAUGAUCAGAUUCUGCUACUGAAAACUGGAUCAUUCGAACUAGCCAUCGUGCGUAUGUCGCGAUUGCUUGAUCUCUCCCAGAAUGCGGUACUCUAUGGUGACGUGAUGCUGCCACAGGAAGCAUUCUACACAUCCGAUUCGGACGAGAUGCGUCUGGUAUCGCGAAUCUUUCAAACGGCUAAAUCGAUAGCUGAACUGAAACUGACUGAAACAGAGUUGGCACUUUAUCAAAGUUUAGUGCUACUUUGGCCAGAGCGAAAUGGCGUACGCGGGAAUACAGAAAUCCAGAGGCUUUUCAAUUUAAGCAUGAAUGCAAUAAGACAGGAGCUUGAAGCGAACCAUGCGCCCUUAAAGGGCGAUGUUACUGUUUUGGAUACAUUGUUAAACAAUAUACCGAAUUUCCGCGAUAUAUCCAUAAUGCAUAUGGAAGCACUGAGCAAAUUUAAGCAACAACAUCCGAAUGUCGUCUUUCCGGCGCUAUACAAAGAACUGUUCUCAAUAGAUUCGCCACAGGAUCUCACAUAACAUCAAGAAAAUUAUGUGGAGACUACCAACGCAAUCGAUGCGCCGGACACGUUGGAUGCGUUGACGUAGAAGAAAAAAAGUUGCGUAGAUGAAAAGGGCGAUGGCAAGUAAUACAAGCAUUGCAUGCAAUUGGUGGCUGCUGCAAUAAAAAUAUACAUACAUACAUAUGUUGUGAAUGCGUGUGCGUACAAUUAGUAGUUGCGCGAAAACAACAACAACCAAAACUGUGCAAACAGUAACAACAAUAGGAGAAACGUUUCCCAUAAAAACAGCAAUUUAUAUGCAGAAGAUCCUAAAGCAGCCAGUCAAAUAAGCAGCAGGCGUCCGAAUUUCUUUUUUUUUUCGGAAGUUAAAGUAACAAACAAAAAGUUUAUUCUCAGUUCAUUCACUAUUUAAUAGAAAAAAAAGCAGGAAAAACAACACUGUACUAAAAACCAUAAAAAUAGUAGAUCGUAAAAAGAACAAAAUUAAACAUUUAUAAUAUUCAUUAAUUUCAAGCCACAUUACAGAGAAUAACAAAAGCAAACAGCAAAGAAAACAAAAAAACAAAAAUUAAGCAGCAAAUUAAGUUUAAGAAUAUUUAUACAGAAUUUAAAAUAGAAGCAGAAAAUUAUAUACUAGUUAUAUAGACAAACCAAACCAGAAACAGGCCGAAUGCACACACACACACACUAACACAUGUACACAAAAACACUUCAGCAAAGCACUAGACAACCACAAUAAGCGUCGAUAAACAUACAUACAUACAUACACAGUAUAUGCACACGAAAAAUCCAAUAUAAAACAGCAUAAAACCGCAAUAACUGCAUUACGUUAUAUCAUAAUGUUAAACACAGCAAAAAAAAUAACUAAACAAACAUAAC